AUGAAAGUUAUCUUAGUCGCUGUCUUUGUCCUUGCUGUGGGUGUGGUGUCCGCCAUCCCUUUUGAUGUGUCCAGUCAGUUCCAGAAACAGGACGGUUACGGCGGAUACGCCUAUGGCUACCACGAGCCAAACUCCAAGAAACACGAGCACAAGAGUCCCGACGGCCAUCUCCACGGCGAGUACUCCUACAUUGAUGGGCAUGGCGAAAUCCAGCACGUGAAGUACGUCGCUGGGCCACACAGUGGCUUCAACGUGGUCGCCGCGACGAAUCUGCCCAAGGGCCCCGAGGCCGGAAUCGCGGCUCCCAUCGCAGCUGCCUCGGAUUUCAUCUACCACGGACCCCAUGCUCACAUUGUGAUUGGCAAGGAUGGUGUGCCAAUUGACACGCCCGAAGUCCAGAUUGCCCGGAAGAAGCACCUGCACGCCCUCGCGGAAGCCAAGGCCGCAACAGGAGGAGGCUUCGAGCACGGAUUCGGCGGAGACUUCUACUAG